AUGGGCUCGAUUGCUCCGAAAAGCGAGACAAUUCUCAUCACCGGUAUCUCAGGCUAUGUUGCGUCUUGGAUCGCACAUUCAUUUCUGGAUGCGGGAUACAGCGUCCGUGGGACCGUCCGAUCUGAGCGUUCCAUCGAUCAUAUCAAAAAGGUACACGCGAAACAUGCUGAUCGAUUGUCGUUCGCCGUCGUUCCAGAUAUGGCCGCGCCGGAUGCCAUGACCGAAGCCGUCAAAGGGGUGGCAGGGGUCAUCCACACGGCCAACCCCUUCAUCCUCGACCCCAAAGACAACGAGGAAGAGCUUCUGAAGCCAUCAAUUUCCGGGGUCUUGAACGUUCUCAAAGCCGCCGCCAACGAGGGUCCAGCGCUGCGCCGGGUUGUUUUGACCGCUUCUUUUGCCUGCAUCCUCGAUCUGAGCAAAGGUUACCGUCCUGGCUUCACGUAUGACGAGUCCAAUUGGAAUCCUGCGACGUACGAGGAAGCCAAAGCUUCGGAUAACGGCGGUUUCACCUAUUGUGCGGCAAAGGCUCUGGCGGAGAAGGCAGCUUGGGACUGGAUCGCGACAAACAAGCCAUCUUUCUCCUUCACCUCCAUCCAACCCCCUUGGAUCUUCGGUCCGACUCUUGGCGGGGUUAAAUCCCUCGACCACCUGAAUGAGUCGACAGAGGCCAUUUGGAAGCUCGUCAAUGGAUCCACCAAAGAAGUGCCGCCCGUGGACUUUGCAGGCUUCUGCGAUGUGAGGGAUGUCGCUUUGGCCCACCUCAAGGCGUAUGAGCUCGAGGAAGCUGGAGGUCAGCGAUUCAUCACUGGAUGCCACUUUGACUAUCAGAUUGCGGUUGACGCUUUGAGGGCCGACUUCCCCCAGAUUAGAGACCGCAUCCCCGAAGGGACUCCGGGUCCAGCAGAGCCGACGUAUGAGAUCAAUCACAGCAAAGCGGAGAAGGUGCUGGGUAUCAAGUUCACACCGUUGAACGUGACACUAAAGGACACGGUUGAAGACCUCCUCGCGGCAGAAGGCAGAUAG